GCGUCUAACAAACAACAGCCAUGUCUACAUUUAUGGGUCAGCUAGAAGACCAUUGGCUUUAACAUGGUUGACUUCAGUGGAUUUAUUUUUCAGUCGUACCGCUCGAGCUCCAUAUCGGGAUUAAAGUGACAUCUCUGCUGCUUCUGCUGCGUCUUCCGUCAGCGGAGAAACAGGAAGGAUGUUCGCCGUCAGACGCUAAAACAAAAUUUUCCCUUUAAAAAAAUAAAUAGAAAUAAAAGGUGUCUCUACAGGCCAGGCUGUCAAACACAAGGCGAUAGAUGUGAUUAGCACAGUUUGGCGGCGUUUAAUACACACUUAAUUUCUCCAAAUGAUGUCCGGGAAGCAUUUCAAGGCUCACGAAGUGAGCUGCUGCAUCAAGUAUUUCAUCUUCGGAUUCAACAUCAUAUUCUGGUUCCUCGGAGUGGCGUUCCUUGGCGUCGGGUUGUGGGCAUGGAGCGAGAAGGGUGUUCUCUCCAACAUCUCCUCCAUCACGGACCUGGGCGGCUUCGACCCAGUCUGGCUCUUCCUGGUGGUGGGCGGCGUGAUGUUCAUCCUCGGAUUCGCUGGCUGCAUCGGAGCACUGCGAGAAAACUCUUUCUUGCUCAAAUUUUUCUCCGUCUUCCUGGGAAUCAUCUUCUUCCUGGAGCUGACUGCAGGGAUCCUGGCCUUUGUCUUCAAAGACUGGAUCAAGGACCAGCUAAACUUCUUCAUCAACAACAACAUCCGGGCCUAUAGAGACGACAUUGAUCUCCAGAACCUGAUAGACUUCACCCAGGAAUACGAGGACGUCAUCAACACUCAGUGUGGCUACGACAUUCGAGCAAAGACGGACUCUGAGCAGAGGACCUUCAUCUAUAUCAAAGGAUGCGUUCCUCAGUUUGAGAAGUGGCUUCAAGACAACUUGACAGUGGUGGCGGGCAUCUUUAUUGGGAUUGCUCUACUACAGAUUUUUGGCAUCUGUUUAGCGCAGAAUCUCGUGAGCGACAUUGACGCCGUGAGAGAGAGUUGUUUGUUUACCUAAGACCUCCACAGAAUCUCCAAAAGGCAAGAAGGAUGUACCGGGACUCUGCAGUUUGGACGCCAGCAGUAAAGGAAAUAAUUGAAUCAGCUAACGUGUCCAGAGCAAAGAGUCUCGUUGACAUGUAAAUAGUACAUGUAGAGUUAUUUUUAGAGUUAUCUGUUAGCCUAUUUCUGAAUGAAGCACAACCUUCUAAAUUGCAUUGUAGCUCUCAUACAGUACAAAUUAAGCAAAUGCAAUGUCAAAUGUUUUACAAUAUAAGCAGAUGUGAGGCUGAAUCGGCUCAAAAGACAAGUCCCAGGUGAGAACGAUUUAGUUGGAAGGCCUGCAAAUGAAGAGCGCAGGGGGGAAAAACCAAGAUGAACUGUUAGAUUGAAUGUUUUCAUCAGUCUAGGGUUCAUUCAGCGAAGGCGCUCAGCUGCAGUCCAUAGCACUGCCUGUAAGGGUUGUGUACAAAGAUAGAAGUGGGUCUGGAAAUGCACUGCAUGCCUAUUGUCUACUGGUAGGACAUCGGCUUUCCUAAAUGUAUUUCAUUAAUGUUAAGUAUUUUAAAAAUAUCUGUAAAUAGUCACUAUAGUUGAGGGUGAAUCGGCCGGUUAGCACUUAACACUGUUGAAUGUGUAUUGGACUCUUCUUUAAGCAACAGAGAAAUAACUUGUGUGACAUUAUGCUUGUAUUCUACAGAUACAGUUUGUAAGCAGCGUUUUGUGGAGCCGAGGUGGAUAUGAAGCAUCGUGAAGGGAUGUGAUUGAUAGCUUUGCUAAGUUGCAGUUUGCUGAGAAAUUUAGGCGGCAACAUAAAGAAAAUGAAACUCCCAACUAGAUCUCAGCCUUAAGCACUUUAAUCUUCAUAUAAGAGAUUUCUGUCAAGGGCUGUUUCUUUUCAGCAGCAGCCACUGGAGGGGGCACUUUUCCUUAAACACUUGCAAACUGUAUCUGUUACUCAUGGUGCUCCAUUUUUCCCAGAAGCAGUUUGACUAAAAAAAUGUUUUUACAGCACAUUAUGAGUGUUCCUUGCACAUUAGGUUGCUGUCAGUGUUCAGUCACACUCCUCUCUGUUUUUAUUGUUGCUGAUGUAUUUCUUUAUUGCAAUCCGCCUAAUUGAUUAGAUACCUUUUUGCUUGUUGUGUUUUGAGUUUUUGAUCUGUAAGUUUUCACUGGAAAACUAGGAUGCAAGCUAUUUACAAUGCUCGGCGUGAAUGGGAUGCUGCUCGGUGGAACUGAACGUAGUAAUAGUGUGACAGAAGCUCUUUCAUCAGCAUUAUUUUAAAUGCAAACUGAGAUGCAACUACAUGUUUUUCUUUCUAGACAUCACGUCAUGUCGAGCUUUAAUAGAACUGCACAGCAUGAAAAGUAAAAGCAGACAUCUUUAUGUAAAGGCGCUAUAAGCCUGCAGUAUGUUACACAGAGCUUUUGCUUCUGCAGCCUUAAGGAUUUUAACUGGACAUCCUUACACAAAAUAUAUGAAAGAAUGCCUUCCUGCAUUUUAAAAUCUAAAUGUAAUAUAGCUGCAAUGGGAUUUAAUAUCCUGUUUUCCACUAAAAGCUUCAUAUGAUUGUUGUUGACUGACUACACCUUUUCCUACCACUCAGUGCCAUAUUUGAGAUUUCUACAUUCCCCUGAUUAUAUCUUUUGUUUCAUGUGUACUUCUGAUUCUUGUAAAUAGCUGGUUGUAAAUAUAUAUCUAAAUAAAUGUGGGUCUUUGUA